UUAUUCAGUGCAAUAAGGGUGAAAGCAUAAUCUUUCUGUUAUUACUCGUCAAGUUGUUCAAAAUUAGCCUCAAAAGUGCAAAGAUUGUACCUAAUUUCCCCAAAACCGCCAGAACCCCGAAACUGAAACUUAAUUUGUACCCCAAAAAAGUGAAACUUCACAACUUCUCCAUUAAAGCCAAGCCCAUCUCCAUUUUUGUUUUCAAGUUGAACCCAUUUGUCAUUUACUAACGGUGGUGAAGUAAAAGCUCUUCCAAUUGCACCAGUUUAGGGCUCACACAAAACAGAAACGCCAUUUGCGUAUUGGAGAAGAAAAAGUUUCUUGGGAGUCGAGAGAAUUUCUUAUAAAUCAGAGACAGAGAGCUCGUAGAAGCUAAUAGGAUUUGCUUCGCUGUUAAAGCUUGUGGUCACCCAAAUAGCAAGAUACAUUUCUCACCCAUGGGAGUGUAAUUCUCAACUGUGAGAUUCAUGCAUGAUUAGGAAGAUGUCAACUGCACAGCCUUUAAAGAAAUUAGUGUCCUGUGUUAUCCUUGAUUUGGAUGGUACACUACUUAACACAGAUGGAAUUGUAAGUGAUGUUUUAAGAGUUUAUUUGGGCAAGUAUGGAAAGCAGUGGGAUGGACGGGAAAUUAAAAAAAUUGUUGGAAAAACACCACUUGAAGCUGCAAGUGCUGUUGUUGAAGAUUAUGAGCUAUCUUGUACAACGAGUGAAUUGCUUUCAGAGAUUGCCCCCAUGUUCUCCAAUCAGUGGUGCAACAUCAAAGCACUUCCAGGUGCCAAUCGGUUAAUUAAACAUUUGAGUGGUCAUAGAGUGCCAAUGGCAUUGGCUUCAAACUCUCCAAGGGAAAACAUAGAAACCAAAAUUUCUUACCAUCAGGGCUGGAAGGAAUCCUUUUCUGUCAUCAUUGGUGGUGAUGAAGUAAGACUGGGGAAGCCUUCUCCGGAAAUAUUCCUUGAAGUUGCUAAAAGGCUUAAUGUCGACCCUUCCAGCUGCCUUGUGAUUGAAGAUUCUCUACCAGGUGUUACAGCUGGAAGGGCUGCUGGUAUGGAGGUGGUUGCUGUACCCUCCAUCCCAAAGCAGCCCCACCUUUAUACUUUAGCGGACGAGGUGAUCAACUCUCUACUUGAUUUGCGACCUGAAAAGUGGGGCCUACCUCCUUUCCAAGAUUGGAUAAAGGAUACUUUACCACUAGAACCUUGGCACAUUGGUGGUCCUGUCGUUAAGGGAUUUGGUCGGGGCUCAAAAGUACUUGGGAUCCCUACAGCUAAUUUAUCCACAGAAGGAUAUGGAUCUCUUCUUUCAGAACAUCCCUCAGGAGUAUAUUUUGGUUGGGCUGGAUUAUCUAAACGAGGUGUCUUUAAAAUGGUUAUGAGUAUUGGUUGGAAUCCUUAUUUCAACAACACUGAAAAAACUAUAGAGCCAUGGUUGCUUCAUAACUUUGAUGAGGAUUUCUAUGGGGAGGAACUGCGUCUUAUUAUAGUCGGCUACAUACGGCCAGAGGCCAAUUUCUCAUCCCUCCAGAGCUUGAUAGAGAAGAUUCAUCACGACAGAAAAGUUGCAGAGGAAGCUCUUGAUCUUCCAUUGUUCUCCAAAUACAAGGACGACCCAUAUCUUAAAAGUUCUACAUAAGGGUGUCCCAGGAAUUUCUUGAAGGCUAGUUUUCCUACAUCAUCGGCUAAAACAAUAAAUCAAAUUGUGCACUCAUUAUUUUGACGUUCAUUCAUUUUGAAGAGAUUGUAUGUCACUCUCAGGAAUAUAACAUAUAUAAAGUGCCUUAAAUCACAAAUCAAAUUUAUUGCUUUCUAAAUUACGGGUCAUAUCAUUAUGAAGUUGUGGUUAUACACAGACAUCAGUUACAGUUUAUAAAUCAGAUUUUGCUUAGGUCAGAAAAUCUCCUGGCCUUAGCACUUGUA